UGCGGUAGUUCGUGUUUCGGUGGAUUAGGACGGAUGGACAUGGUGCUGUCGGCGGUAUAAAUCAGGCACUUACCAUGUCUACGUCCAUCGGAACAACGUUUUCACAGCAUCCUCUAGUUACUACUCCUAAGACAUACUUGCCUACGCAGCAUGGCGCAUCCCUUGGACAAUUGGAGACAACGACGACCAGCCUGGGCCAACCGCCUAGAAAUAAACAUCCACGACCUCGUGCAACCGGGAACCAACAGAGCAACACAAUACCCCCAUCUCCACGAAGCACUCGCAGGCCGACUUGAUGAGGCCUGGAUCGCGAGACAUGGUGAACAGGUCUCGCUAUGCGACGAACAUUACACACUUGAUAACGGUGAUGUGGCUAGGGCUGACGUAGAUGAGUUCCAAGUAUAUAGGAAUCACAGGAAUGAGCUCCCAUAUGAGAACGCGGAAUACCGGCUUCGGAAUAUGUGUCGCGUGCUGAAGGGGCGUAUGACUCCUUAUGCGAAUAUCGGUGGUGGCACCUACGGCACUGUCUUCCUUGCUCGAGAGCCUGAUGAUCCUGAUCCUGAUCCUGAUCCAAAGAGCCCUACUAAAUACCAACACUACGCAAUUAAAGUCGAAACACAUUGGGACAUGGCAAAUCGAGUGGCCAUGGAGUGUAAACCUACCAUGACCAUCCUCGACGAGGACACGCGCCAAAGAUUCCACUACAUCCCCCACGAGGCGCUUCUUUUGAUGCUCGCAUAUAAUAAUGACAGGUUCCCAAAGCUUGACUCGGUCUAUGUCGAUGACAAUGUACAUUCAAUCGUCAUGGAGGCGUGUAUAGAUCCUGACCUUCUCAGGAUGGACCCUAAGGAAGUACGAACAAACGACCCAGAGCUAAGGCGCAUCAUUGCUUUCACGGGAAUGUACCUUACACACAAAAAGAAGCCGAUUCUUAGCGAGGAAGGGGUGUGCAAGGUUGCGUCGCAGAUUCUGGAGGGCUUUGCUUAUCUUCGGCAUAUGAAUGUUUCCUACGGUGACUUGUCCAAGGCUAACUUUAUUAUUGAUGAGAAUCUCAAUACCAAACUAAUCGACCUAGGAAUGACAACCUUCGGCUUCACCGACCCCGACUUCCAAGCAGGCUCCUGGGCCCACGUAAUCGGCCAAGAAAACAUCCUCACCCCAGAAAUCGCCCUCGAACUCUCAAAACCAGACUUAGAACUUCAAGACCGACACCAAAUCCAAGUAGACAUCCAGAUCCCCCACGACACCCGCAUCGCACACCUAUGGCGAAUCGGCGCCCUCACCUACGAAAUGCUACACGGCUACGCACCCUGGGAGUCGCCCGACUGGGAACCCAAGUUGGGCAAGGUGGACGAGUCUAGGCCCACUGAUGCGCACUGGGAAAGGGUUUAUGAGCGGCGGGAGAGGAUUAUUAAUGAGGAGUUGCCAGUUCGGGAGGACUUGUCGCAGGAUUGUGUGGAUAUGUUGAGGAUGAUGUUGCAUAAGCAGCCGAUGGAGAGGGCAACGUUGGAGGAGUUGUGUUCGGUGCCUUGGUUUGGGCAGUGGGCUUGUCAGGAUGAUAUGGUGUGGGUACGGCCAGAGUCUGAGCCGUAUAACCAAAAGAGAAGGAAUGAGGGUCUUAGUGAUUGGGAGAGGACGUUUUGAUAAAGACAAGUUUUGAUAUUCGUUAUAGAAUCAGUGUUGACAGAAUGUUGUCGUUAAUCGAUGUCUCUAUAACUGCUGUAUAUAAAAGAAGCGAUUGUUGCCAUAUGGCGUUGCAACUGUAGAAUUAA